AUGAAGGGAUGUACGCUCCAGAAUAACUUCAAUCAUACAGCACCAUUUUGCGGUGAAUGGAACAGCACGAUACUGAGUGGCUCACUGCCACCCAACAGUGGCGGCAGUAGCUGCGUUAUUAACCUCAUAAAGGACGAAGUUCACACUGUUAACGGUAACACACCGCGUGGCAUCACCAUCACCAGUGACACCACAAAAGAUGGCGUUUUUUGUACGAUGGAUGCCAACGGCUGUCCAUUUGCAGUUGAUCGGGAAAUAGAGAGAGGUGUAAAUAGAAUGAAGGCAAUCACGAAACACGGAACAUGCCACAUGGCGUAUGCAACCAGCGGCGGUCGGACGUGUGACGACUCAUACGACCGCAGCACACGGAAUUAUCACGAUGAGGAAGAUGAGGAAUGGUACGAAGAGGAUGAAGAGGAAGGGGAGGACUCACCUCGCAUUCACAUCAUCGAUGAGCACCGUGACGGGCGGCUGUUGGGUAAUAUAUUAUGUGGCAUGUCUAGAGCGGGGGAGCGGAUAUCACAAGGGUUAGAUAUGUUAUCGCCACUAGAAAAACGAAAAUCCGGUAGGUGCGCGGCUAUAGAAUCCGUAGACUAUAAUAAUACGCGGAGACGCGGCGGUGGUGGUGCAGAAACCCAGAAGGGGUUGUUUCAGAACUAUUACAAUACGGGAAGGGGAAGGUGGGCAAGUAGAAACCAUUGCCGCACCAACGGUUGGGAUGAGUCCGUUUCCGUGGAGUCUUGUUUCUCCCACACAUAUAACCAGCAGUGGAGGGGCCGCGAGCCGGACUACGCCAUGAUGGAAGCCCAUGCGGCUCUGGACGGUCGUUCGUUUUGUGAGGGCACUUAUCUAUCAAGUACAAAGCUAUCGGAAAGAAAAAAAAGAGUUGCCUUAUCAGGGUCCCGUGUUUGCCGGGAUGCUGGAAAGGUAAUUGUGCAAGACAACUGCCCAUAUGACCACAAAAAACGGCACAAGGGAAGACGCCAGUGUCAGUCGCCUUUCGGUGAAGAGAAAAUAAGGGCGAAUGAUCCCUUUGAUUCACCUAAAAAUGCGAUCACCCACAUAAAGAAGGCAGGAAGUGCUGGUAGUGAUGACAACGACAGCUGCAACCCGCAUAGCAAAAGCCCGGGUUUAACUGGAAGUGGAAGCAGGUGCAGCCAAAAGGAAACAGCGGGAAGGAGCGCAGAGCAGAGGAAUGGAAGUGGUAAGGCGGCCUCACCCAAAACAAGUCCACAUAAAGACGAACUGAAGGAGAAGGAAAGUACUGUCGUCAAGAAGGAAAAAGUCUCGUGUGGUUGUUUCGGUGGAUCGCGUGAAAAGCGUUAG